AUGCACUUCCCAAUCCACUCCCGGCGGCGGCUGCGGCUCGGGCUCUUCCGGGCGCCGCAGCUUCCUGCCGAGCACCGCGCAGCCGCCUCCGCCGCGGAAGCCCCGGGUGCAGGCCGCGGCGCCGGUGCGGGACCCGGGCUCGGNCCGCGGCCGUCGCCCGGCCCGGGGCCCGGGAACGCCACCCGGACGGGGUCCGAGGCGCCGGCGGGCGGCGGCGGCAGCUCCAACAGCAGCGGCGACGCCCUGGUGACCCGCAUCUCCAGCCUGCUCCGCGACCUGCCCACCCUGAAGGCGGCCGUGAUAGUGGCGUGCGCCUUCACCGCGCUGCUCAUCGCCUGCCUGCUGCUGCGCGUGUUCAGGUCGGGAAAGGGGUUGAAGAAGACCCGCAAGUAUGACAUCAUCACGACUCCCGCCGAGCGAGUGGAAAUGGCCCCACUGAACGAGGAGGAUGAUGAGGACGAGGACUCCACAGUAUUUGACAUCAAAUACAGGUAAAAUCUCUUUCCAGCAUGUUGGCAUCCUGUGGAACACUGGUCAGCUGCAGUCUGGGGUGUGAAGGAUCUGGAAGUUCUCUCGUCCGAGGUGUUGAAAGCAAAACAAACGUUGAUGAAUCUCUGGCACAACGUUGCGUGUGUCGAACGUCAGCUCGGAGUGCUACUGCAGGAGAGUCCCCUCGACCACACUCGGGAUGCCCCCUUUAAAAUAUCACCCUUGCCUUGCUAAGGGACAGGGGUAGAAACAUUUUGACUUAAAAAAAAUUAAUAAUUUUAAGGUAACUGUUGACAAAAGUAAAGGGUAAAGAUCAGAAGUUAACAGGAACCUAAAAAACACAAAAAGCCUGAAGAAUAUUCAGCUUAUAAUUUCUGACGUUCUGCUCUCCUGGAUCUACGACAUUCUAGACGUCUGAGCUUUUGGUGAUCUUUCGGGCUUGGCCAAAUUCUGGCCUGCUUUUGGUGAUGGCUGUGUGAAAGUUCAAAGUUGAAAUGUUGAGCGCUGGCCAGCCCUAGCAGAAGUAUAACUGGUAUUUCUGGCUCCUUUCCUUUCCUUUUUUUUUUUUUUUAAAAAAGGCCCAGCAGAAUCAGACAUAGCUAGUUCACAAAGAAUUUUGAAUUCAGGGAAAAACCUAUACGUAUGCGUGUAUACAGGUGCAUACGAAUGUGUGUGUACACAUAGAAUCAUUUCUCCUUUUCUGGGGGAAGAGGCAGGACAGGCAGCCUUUGGUUAGGAACAUCCUCAGUGUGUUUCUCUGCCCUGUUCUACACUGUUGCUCUUGGAAAUGUAAUUUAAAAAGAAUCACUCCGGUGAUUCAGAUGGUUGGGGAUGGGGCUGGCUGGAAAAGGCACAGUGUCGGGGACUGGGUUUGAAGUUGGGUCUAGGCCAGGCUGGACCCAGGAGGUUACCGCAGCAAGGCCCCUCCCGCAGGUGUGGGUUGUGGGUUGGGGGGGAGGUGGUGGCUUGUUUCAGAGCCUGUGCGCCCAGAUGUCUGCCAGCUUCUAGAAGCAGGGCUGACUUCUCAGGGUUGAUGGAGAGAGACCUCGCAUUUUGCUGUUUCCCGGGGGUUGAGAUUAUCUGCUACAACCAAGCCGCUUCUGCUAAAGCUUGGUUAGCAGUGCCUUUGGGGCCCUGGGACUCUGUUCUUUCUGGAGGAGGGGUUUGCUUUUCUUUUUCUUCUUCUUUUUCUUUUAAUCCCCUUUUUCCUGGCAUUCUGCAAGGUUUGUGCGUUUGCCUGUGGAUGCCUGCACCGUUGGCUGUGGAUGAAAACUCUGUAGCCUUUUCUGACUCACCUGUUCUCAGAUCCUUCAGUGUCCUGAGAAGGGCAGUCAGUGCUGCGGGGUCCGCGGGGUCCCCGGGGUUCUGAGGCCCAGCUGUUGGGAAGGCAUGCUGGCCUCUGCACGAAAGAGGGGGUUCCCCGGGGAGACGGCUCUGAGAGGAGCGCAGUGCAGAGCUCACCUGUACGAGCCGCUGUCUCUCUGCCUCCUCCAUCUCAGGGGUUGGUUCACUUUUCCUUCUGCUCUCCGCUGCCCUGUUUGCCCGAGGGGCGGGCCUGCUUACCUCUCCCCUCCACCGGGUACUCAUGGGCCAGAGUGGUGACUCAGUGGGACCGGCCGCCUAGCAGCUGGGCGCUGUCCUCCGGACCUUGGAACUGGAAUCCUGAGCGGGAAAGCUGGAUGCUUCCUCCGUGCAAAUCAACACGAGGGCCGCCUGCCGGCUGCUUUCCUCCACUGGGCCUGGCAGACUCGGCCGCCGCCAGGAGCGACCUUCCAGAUCCCAGGGCUUCAGCACCGCGGGCUCUCCAAUAAAAGCCGUUUGGCGU